AUGAAGUUUCUCAUUGAUGAUCUUCCGGUGCUGUUCCCGUACCCUCGCGUCUAUCCCGAGCAACAUGCGUACAUGCGGGACCUCAAAAAGACCCUCGAUGCCGGGGGUCACUGUGUGCUGGAGAUGCCUUCAGGUACAGGCAAGACAAUAUCGCUCCUGUCUCUGAUCGUGGCAUACCAGCAACACUAUCCAGAGCACAGAAAGUUGAUCUACUGUUCGCGAACGAUGUCCGAAAUCGAGAAGGCGUUGGCGGAGCUAAAGGGCUUGAUGAAAUACCGAUCGCAGGAACUGGGCUACGAAGAAGAGUUCCGCGCUUUAGGACUCACCAGUCGGAAGAAUCUGUGUCUCCAUCCUUCAGUGAAACGAGAGAAAAGUGGUACCGUGGUUGACGCAAGAUGCCGGAGCUUGACAGCGGGGUUUGUCAAAGAGAAGAAGGAACGUGGUGAGGAUGUCGAUCUGUGCAUCUAUCAUGAGAACCUCGACCUCCUCGAACCACAUAAUCUCGUACCGCCCGGCGUUUUCACGCUCGACGGCCUGACCCGUUAUGGAGAAGAACACAAGCAAUGUCCCUAUUUCUCUGCUCGGCGCAUGAUGCCUUGGUGCAACAUCAUCAUCUACUCGUAUCACUACCUUCUCGAUCCGAAAAUUGCCGAACGUGUAUCCCGAGAACUCUCCAAAGACUGUAUUGUUGUUUUCGACGAGGCGCACAAUAUUGACAAUGUCUGUAUCGAGUCGCUCAGCAUCGACCUGAGCGAGGAUGCCCUCCGCAAGGCCACUAGAGGCGCUACUAACCUAGAACGUAAAAUUGAGGAAAUGAAGAGCACGGAUGCUGAAAAGCUUCAAAGCGAAUACUCAAAACUCGUGGAGGGACUGCAACGGGCCGAACAGGCUCGAGAAGAGGAUCAAUUUAUCUCGAAUCCCGUAUUACCAGACGACUUGUUAAAGGAGGCAGUUCCAGGCAACAUUCGUCGAGCCGAACACUUCGUAUCAUUUUUGAAGAGGUUCAUCGAAUAUCUGAAGACUCGGAUGAAAGUGACACAUACCAUCUCGGAAACGCCACCCUCUUUCCUCACCCACCUGAAGGAUCUCACAUAUAUCGAGCGGAAGCCGCUGAGAUUCUGCGCAGAACGCCUAACAUCACUCGUACGAACCCUGGAGCUUGUUAAUAUCGAGGACUAUCAACCGCUGCAAGAAGUAGCCACCUUUGCUACUCUUGUGGCAACCUACGACAAGGGAUUCGUCCUCAUCCUCGAGCCAUUUGAAUCCGAAGCAGCCACCGUGCCAAACCCGAUUCUACAUUUUACGUGCUUGGAUGCUGCCAUCGCAAUCAAGCCCGUUUUCGACCGUUUCAGCUCCGUGAUCAUCACUUCCGGUACCCUUUCUCCCUUGGAGAUGUACCCGAAGAUGCUGGGAUUCACAACUGUUAUGCAAGAAUCAUACAGUAUGACCCUGGCUCGUCGAUCCUUCUUGCCCAUGAUUGUGACCCGGGGCUCGGACCAGGCGCAGGUUUCCUCAUCCUUUGGGAUUCGCAAUGACCCUGGUGUGGUGCGGAACUACGGCACACUUGUCACUGAGUUUGCCCGUAUUACACCGGACGGCGUUGUCGUUUUCUUCCCCUCAUAUCUAUAUAUGGAGUCCAUUAUCAGCAUGUGGCAAGGCAUGGGCAUUUUGGAUCAAAUCUGGAACUACAAGCUGAUCCUUGUCGAGACUCCAGAUGCACAAGAGUCGUCUCUCGCUUUGGAAACAUAUCGGACCGCUUGCUGCAACGGACGCGGUGCAAUCUUGUUUUGCGUCGCUCGAGGAAAGGUAUCUGAGGGUAUCGACUUCGACCAUCAUUAUGGCCGUGCGGUGCUGUGCAUUGGGGUGCCGUUCCAGUACACCGAAUCGCGUAUAUUGAAAGCCCGACUCGAAUUCCUGCGAGAGAACUAUCGCAUUCGUGAGAAUGAUUUCCUUUCUUUCGACGCUAUGCGGCACGCCGCGCAAUGCUUGGGUCGUGUGCUUCGUGGCAAAGACGACUACGGAGUCAUGGUGUUGGCGGACCGACGUUUCGAACGAAAGCGGCCACAACUUCCAAAGUGGAUCAACCAGGCAAUGCUGGAUAGCGAGACAAACCUCAGCACUGAUAUGGCUGUCGCGAAUGCUAAGAAUUUCCUGCGUACAAUGGCACAGCCAUUUAAAGCCAGGGAUCAGGAAGGCAUCUCCACCUGGAGCCUGGCUGACAUUGAGCGUCACGAGGCGAAACGCAAAGCUGAGGAGGCGCGAAUGAUGGGCGAGGAGCCCGCCAGUGAUCACAAGUUGAACGGGGUCACGUCCACAGUCCAGAUUGUCGAGGACGAAUAUGACGAUAAUAUCGAUGAGGACCUGAUGAUGCUUGACACCCAGUAA